AUGCAACGGCCCAUAACACUCAAAGAAGACGAAAUCGCCGCAGCCAUCCUGAACGCAGAAGAACUCACGAAAAAUUGGAAUCUCCUUCGAAAAAUCUUGAGCGCAUAUGAAGCAGUCAUACGCAAGCGCUGGCCCAAAAAAUCAAAGGACAAACGUGCACAACUUCUACGAGAAGUAUAUCCCGAGAUUCAAAAACAGCAUGCUCCGGAAUUUGAUAAUCUGCGAGCUCGUUGGACUGGCGCACCCGUCAACUCGAACGGGUACCAGAAAUUUAUGGAGACGCCAUAUAUCAAUCUAGAAGACCUCACACAAGGCAUGUUUCUGCCUCUUUUUUUGAACUCGAGAGGUCGAUAUUCCCCACAUCUAUUUGUAAAUGCAGAUCUCUACGCUAUACACUUCGGGUUAAACAUGUGGGAGAUUCCAGAACCGAAGAUCUAUGAUGGAUUGACACCAUGGAAACGCGCCGUCGUCUUCAAAAAUCCAGAUUCGGGAAAAUACAUCGAGUUCCUAGAGUCAAAGGAAAGAUCGGAUGAGGCUUAUGCAUCUGGCCUAGGAUUCUCUCCAGGAAAAGCAAUGGUGGUAUUGAGAGCACAGGUUUUCACGCAUCAAUUCCUCGUGAAGUGUUGCUCAGUAAUCCUCCAUGACAUUCCAACGCUUCUAGACGACAAUCAUGAUUUUAAUAACGUCACUGAACCUGAACAUAUCUCUCCAUCCUCUUCUCAGCGGCUGAGUCUUUUAUUUUCUGCAACCGAGUCUCUUUACAGACCACCGAGUCAAAUCGACUUUCAAAGAAUAGAAGAUCUCCUUGAAAUGAGACGUGCCGCAGCAGAAGACCACCUAUGGUCUUUAAGGGAAGAUCCUAGUUAUUUCGUCGAGAUGCUUGAUGCCCAAGACAAAGAUAAUUGUUUUUCCAGCGACGAAGAUGCGAAAGGAUUGGAAAUACUCGUCAUCCUCGAAUAUGCAUGUAUUUCCUUACUUCUUUGGAACAAUCUGCGGGAUGAUUUUUGGCACUGGCGAAAUCUUGAAAGAAAGUACUCGGCAGAGAUCGCUUGUGACAGGCAGCUUCCACCUGAAUAUGAAAGAGCAUUCGUGUGCUUCUGGGACAAUCUAAGCCGGGCUAGUGAUUAUUUGAGAAUGGAUAUCUUAAGGCGAGAGAUUCGAGACAUAAAAGCCGGAGCGCAGGAUAAGCUCUUUUUUAUACUGUAUGAGUUGUCUCAAAAUGAGGCUAUUCUGUAUUGCUCGCUGCCGGAUCUGUUUGAUGAGCUCGAGCGUUAUCUGCUAGCAAACCCAGCUGAAAGGGACAGAAUCAUGACUUUGGAGCAGUCAAUUUUAUCGGACGUUGGCAUUAUUGCUUCGAUAAGCCGGGAUUUAUAUCUUUAUCAACCUUGGGCAUCAACGGUAAACCAACAACUCAAGACCUUUGAUGGCACCAUAAAAGCCAUUACGGACUCUAAAUGGAAACGCACGAUGGAUUUUUUUGCAAAUCUGGAAACCAAAGCAAAAGACGAGCUUGCAAAGCUUGUCGAAUCACCCAACUGCUUUCGCUACCCUGCAGAGAGACGCCGAAAUGCGGCGAAUAACCACAGAAUGCGACAGGCUGAGGAGUUGCUUGAUAAGGUCUGGGAUCGCGUUGACCAAGCGUAUCUUGAGGCUUCCGGAAAUACCACAUUAACUAGCGCCUUUAAGGAUCUUAUCUCGAACCAAAGGAGACUCAUUCGAACGCCAGAAUGGGUCGAGACGGCUGCCAAGCUCAAGCAGUCUCGUCAACAACGCACUUCAAUUGAUAACGGGCUAGUUAGUUCUUUCCAAAAUGUGCGAAUCGAAGAAGGAAAGAGCACCCAGUCUUUAGAGUUGGGUGACGGAACAAUCAAAGCCAAAGCCCAGUCGAAGUCCCAGAAAGCGGAGCCAUCUGAAGAAUUUGCGCCUUUGACUGAAGAGGUUCCAGAGACAGAAGAAGAUGAAGCACCGCGAGAGACAAUCAAAGUGAACAAGAGGACAUACCGUGUCUUUACAGCAUUGUUCUACACACCUUCAGAGAAAGAUCCACCCGGAGAAAUUUCGUGGCAAGAAUUCCUUCAAGCAAUGGCCGCAGGAGGAUUGAAUUCAGAAGCACUAUAUGGCAGCAUCUGGCAUUUUACACAGCAAGAGAAACAUACUGAUAAAUUGAAGAGAAGUAUCCAGUUUCAUCAACCUCAUCCUGGGAAGCUUAGUCUUAGGACGGCCAGAUUUUUUGGACGACGCCUUAAUCGAGCAUUCGGUUGGGAUAUUGACAUAUUCUCCCUAGGGUAG